AUGUCCCCCCAUGAAGUUGCCAAAGGAGAUGAAGUGCAAGAGCAGCCAGAUGUACAAUCCAACAAGGAGGUUCAUCUCCGUCAACUAUUUUAUCUCCUGGGGCAGGCUUCUGAUCUCUCAGACAGCUCUGAAGCAAGCGCUAUAGGCAAGCUGAUAUUUGAACCUAAUUUUGAGCUUUUUUAUGAGGUUUAUGUUACCUGCCUCAUGCACUCUUUGUACCGCCCUGUGGACCCCUCUCGGACAAUUCUGUUCAUGGUGGAAGAUCCUGAUGAUGAAUUGUACUGGAAACGUGUCUUUGCUUUCCACCAACCACCUCCAACACACAUCCUGGGACUCAUGGAUAUCACUUAUGACCUGGAGGGUACUGGUAAGGAGGAAAAGCUGGCUUUACUGGUAUGGGGAACUUGCAAGCUGGUGGAUGGCCAUACCUUUGAUAUGGAACUGACAUACUCUGGCAAUCGUGCACAAGCGUCCUCAUCUGUACUAUCAUUGUACACGGACAAUUAUGUUGAGGAGUUGGUAAAAAAAAAUCUUCCCACUGAUUGUCAGAUACGUCAAUUAGCACUCCGGGAUACAAAGUGGCCUGAGGAUCUCCAUCUGCUUUCUGAGAUAGAGCUUGAUAUGCUUUUUUGCCAGCUGAUCUCAAGCGUGGUUUAUGACAUGCCAUUUGAUUCUCAAAGCUUGGAAGCUGGUCUCCCUGUUGCACCACAAUGGGAGUAUCAGAGGGUUCAAUCACAGAUUCAGGCCUUACUUGGACAACGAAUAAAUGGCAGUCUUUCAUUCAAGGCAAUCUAUGAAAAGGAGGAGGUGGUACCAGAGCGCAUUUAUCUACAUGGGGACCCCUUUCUAUUUGAAUGCCCACCAACAAACAAUCAGUUUGAAGAUUAUUGGGAAGAUUUGCGGGACAAAGAGGACAACAUCCCUGCAGUACCAAUAGAGGAAAUUGGGAGAUGGACGGAAAUUUGGGUUGAACAAAGAGCGGCAUUGGAAGUAAUUGGGCAGCAGCAGUACUAUCUGAGAUACCCAGAUCAACUGAGGUAUCAGAGUACCACACCAUCAGUUGCACCUGAAUAUAUUUUCAAUGAACCUGCGGCUCAACCAGGGAACUCACAAAGUGGAGUUACACAGAGAGAUUUGGUUGCAAGGAGCCACAAUUUAAUGCUUGGUUAUCGCAGGUAUGGGCAUACUGCACGCCUUGCCUAUUGGAAACAGCUGCGAGAGUCUAUUGUUGAUGUGGAUUGCCUGUCACUCAUCACCACGCACCUUUGGCUGAGCUCUCUUAUGGCUGCACCAGAUCGUUCUAUUCUUUAUCUGGAUCCAAAGCUGGUGGCCAUAAUUUUAGACCUUGACCGUAGGGGCCCUGCUGGUGUCAAUGGAAACAUUUCCGAACUUUUUGAGAGACAGGUUCUGUGGGAGCAAAUGGGACCACUUUCCACUGUACUAGCCUUACUGAACAUGGAUGAGCUCUGUGAGCCUUCUCCAGGCAAGCUCAGUUGGAUGCUUCUGGAACUCAGAGUGGAACAUGGGCAGGUAACCAUGGUGGAGGUGAUACUGGCCCCUUGCAUGCAUUAUGACAAGGCACAAUUUACUCAACUUAUGAUACAAUUGAUAGAGGCUCUAAACCAGAUACUUCCUACCCGUCCAUUGGUUUCCCAGACCUCAAAAGUCCAGCAGAAAACCCAUAGUCUCAUUUUGCCGCCUCCAUUCAGCGAAGAGUCAAUAGUUUUGGUAAUGAUGGCCUACCUCUGUGGGAAGCUAUUGGAUCAACAAGUUGCCACUGUUGAAGUUCAAGCUAUGAGGCAAGGUCUAUGUUUCUACUUUGAUUCUGCCCUACGGAACCUGGAAGUUGACUACAGCUUUCCCUGGCCUGGGCUCACAAACAACUUGGGAGCACUCCUGACGGAGUGUAAUGAGGCUGAUGUUGCCCGUAGAAGAUUCCACCUUGCCUCCAACCAAGAGCCUUCCCCAAUAGAAAUGUUCCCUCUACGACGCUCUUACACCGCAACUGUGGCUACCCCUGGACCAUCAGAGCCCUUCUUCUUGGAGCUUGCUCAAUCUUGCUCUUCUCAUAAACAAGGACUUCUUGUCCACACUUCAGGACAAUCCAUUGAAGCACUUGACAAGGCCAUACUUUUAGGACAGUACCCAUCCUUUGACCCAUUGUUCAACACCCUUCUUGAUGGAGCUAAUUCGCUUUCUCUGGACGAGCUCACCAACCUUGUCUACUCUCUAGGAGGACCUGAGAACGCUGCUACACAUAGGUUGCUCAUGACUGGAGAACAUAACAACAUGCUCUUGUCCCUUGAUUGGGAGAAAGAUGCUAUACACCCUGAACCAGAAUGGCUUCUCAGUGGAUAUGACAUGGACUCUUUGAGCCUCACUUGCUUUGAUGUACCUGAAAUUUUGGAAGCAGGCAGUUACCACCCGUAUCCUAAUCGGGAUCUGUCCCUCAUGCAUAGCAACGAGUUGACAGUUGACCUGCAGGGCAAGGAUAUCAAGAUGCAUACAUGCAAGUAUAAACCAACAUUCUAUAUUUUGUCAACCAACCUAACUGUGCUAGUAUAG